UCAAUUUCACAUUUAUUUAGUAUACUUUGUAAGCUAUUUUUUUUUGUUUGUAUUAUAUUGCACUGGUUGUUAAAAUAAUUUUUAGACAAAUGUAAGAUGAAUGCAUCUACAUUUGUGUCCUGAAGUGUAGAUUGGAAUCUUGGUCGUUUUCCUGGAUGUCUACCGAGCUUGCAAAAUAUUGUUGUUGCCAUGGUUUAAAAAUAAAAUCAUCCCACCAAAGUGCACUAUAUAAGCGAUGCCAUUAAUGCAGGUACUUCAUUCAGUUCGUCAACCUGCAAGUGCUCCACUGUACAGAGGAUCAAUCGAUACAGCAGAUUUUCUAAAUUUUCAAGCGGUCUACCCGCUUGCAGUACACGGCCAGAAGAUGAAAUAUCCACGGUACACGUGCGUCAGCGUCGCAUUUUUCUGCGUACUGAUUGCUGCUGGAACUUUACAGUCUGUUGCCGCGAAGCGUUACUGCGGUGAUCAGCUACCGAAGGCAUUGGCCAUGUUGUGCGUGGAAUAUUUCACUUUGGAAGAUCUCAGGAAAAAUACAGUUGGAUUUUAUCCGCAAGUGUCCCCUGACCAAUUCACGGCCCAACUCCACUGGUCCGGAGAGAACUUCAAUGAGAAUGAAUUUAAACGGAACUUUAAUGUGGCCCCACCUGUUGGCCAGUUUGAAGCGAUGGAUGACGUCGACGAUUGGACAUCACGAUCGUUUAGACAGAAACCUUUCCAUCGGUUCUUGGUGCCACACAUAAAGGCACGCCUGCGACGGAAUGUGGCGAACGAAUGUUGCCGUGAGGAUUGCAAUAUGGAUCAGCUGCUGUCGUACUGUAAGGUGGUAGCACCGGGAGUGCUGAAUGAUUAGUAUACCUCGAUCUCACGUGUAAAGUCGUGUAAAGUGCUUUUGCUUUUGAGCGAAAACGAAUUAGAUUUAUGAGGGGGAAUGCGCUUGUAGCUAGUGGGACUUGUGAGCAAAGGGUCGUAUUAGACUAAACUAUUUUUUAGUGGCUUUAGUGAACUAUAACAGUAUGAAAGGGAGGCUCGUGUGAUGUGUCUGAUAGUUGUAUAGUAGAAAGAGUGGUCUGGCUGGAAAGCAUGGUAACAUAAGCGACCCUAAAAAGCUACAAAUAAAUUCGUUUUAAUGCAAAUGAAACAAAACAUAA